CGGACCAGGAACGCGAAAGUCCGCAAGAGGCAAGAAAAACUCUGCAAAGGACUCUACUUUUUUUUUUUUUUUUUUACACUUUCGGACUAUGUUUAGCUCAUGGAGGAAGAAGGGAGAAGUCAGCCCACAAGCAGCAGUGACCACUAUGUAGGAAUCCCCGACUGAAGUCAUGGGUUCCGAGGCCAUGGAGGAUUGUGUCCAGGGGGCGCUCUCAUCUCUGUACCCCCCAUUCGAGAGUACCGCCCCUCCUCUUCUCUCCCAGGUCUUCUCUGUUUUGGAAUCGACAUAUCAACAUGACAGUCUGCGGUACCUCUUGGACUACUUUGUUCCAGCCAAACAUCUUUUAAACAAGCUUCAGCAGCACGCCUGUUCGCAGUACACCGGAUGCCUGUUCCUCCACUCGGGCUGGCCUCUAUGUUUGGGCGAGAAGGUGGUGGUCCAGCUGUCGACUCUGGACUGGAGGCUUCUGCGCAGCAAUGACUUCUACCUGCAGGUGGUGCCGUUCUCCACGCGGUGUCCUCGUCUGGCCCUUAAGUGUUUGGCUCCCGGAGGCCGCACGGUGCAGGAGAUCCUGGUCCCUGAGUCCCAGCAUCCUCUAGUGUUCACGUCCGAGUGGCUCCACAGUAUCAACAAAGAGCGCGGGCACAAACGAGAAGUUGGCGGUGGUCUGGACACAUGCCUGGUCAGUACCUGUGACGGUGUGGUGCGUUUGCCUUGGAAAGAGGUGGUCUACCCCAAGUUCAUCCACGACCCCACUGCAGAUCUGAUGUCCGACCACGGGGCCUCUUUAUCGGAUCGACUCUCCAGUGAGGGGGGCUGGGGCUGCUCCUCAUCUGGGGAAAUCGACUCCUGGUCCUGGGAUGAAGAGGAGGAUGACGACCCUUCCCUUGGUUCUGGCGUUCGAAGACGACGCAGUGAGGACGGGCUUGGAAGAACAGCCAGACCUCCUCACCUGGAUGGGGACUAUGUGGAAUUACUGGAACCAAGAUUAGGGCCAGAUGGCGGUGUAGACAACAAACAGCGGUACCUGGAAAUGCAUGCGAUUUCCAAAACCAAAACGCUACCUUUAAUUCGCAGAGGUAAAGCUAUCAAAUUGAAAAAAGGCAAAACGUAUGGUUCAGGUAGUUUUCGGGUUGCGAGGAGUAAAGAUACAACAUCGUCGAAGGAAAAUAUAACUCCACGACUUCCACUACGUCCUGUGGAACAGAGAGGAAAAUCAUAUUCUUCUUCAAUACAGGAUUCAGACGAGAGCGAUCGAACUAGCAGAGACUCUGAAACUUUGGAUGGUAACAGACUUAAUUUUGACAGAGUUUUCCGAGAGAGAAAACCAGGAGUUGGUAAGGAAAGAGACAGCAACGGUAGUGCAAAUUCUGACCUAAAAGAAAGCGCAAUAGACGAAGCGAAUGAAGUUACAAAUAAUGAUGUUACAACAGAAGGACAGUCUGACAUAUCGGAUUCAGUUUUUGAGGACACGGACAAACCACUGAGCGGAGACAGCAAUGCCACUACACCUACGUCAGACACAACUGAAGUACAAUUUUCAACUCAAAGCGACAACUCGACAAAGUGCAAUGUUAAAAAUGCAAAAGGAAGUUUACCUAAGAAACCUGGACUUAGCAGUAGCUCAUGUGAAGUGAAAGUGACUGAAGAGGAGGAGGAGAGGAGGAAAACAGAGGAGCGAGUGUGUCCGAGGGGGAAGGAGGUCAGAACAGCAGGAUUCAGAGUGCCAAGGAGGAAGAGGAGGGGCAGAGGGGCUAAAGCCAGAGGCCGGUCCGGAGGUCGUACACAUCAGAGAGGAGUGAAAGCUCAGACUAGAGCUGCUGCUCGCUCCACUCUCCCUGUGAGUGAGAAGAACAGGACAGAACAGUGUAAAUCUGUAGAGGAGCCAGAGACCACUGUAAAAAACACGACUGAAGCAAAGACAGAUGAAGAGACUAAGGUAUUGUGUAAUGGACAACCUGCCGUCUCUAAACCCUUAUCAAACCACUGCAAAGACGAGCACGACUCAGCGGACACGUGUUCAGGGCAAAUGAAUGGAGUCUCAUCUAAAAACCCACCUUCGCUGCAGGGACUGGACCCGGAGCUGCUACAGUCUGGAAAACUCAAGCUCACAGGUACAGUGGACAGACUGGGACGUGCUCUGGUUUUCACAGACACAGAUGCUUCAGAGGAGGGCUUCACUGAGGGGGAGAUGGCACGAGUGUUGGCCUGUUAUCACCAGAUAACCAGCCCGGCAGCCAAAGAAAAGGGUCUCACGCUCUUAAUGGACAGCAGACGUGCCCCUCCCUCUCCCAUCUGCCUCUCUGCACUUAAACUCUUCCAGGAGCAGGUUCCUGGUGGUCUCGGGUCGGUCCUGGUUUUGGUCGAGGAGAAUCAGGAGUGUACCUCUCUGAACCUGGAGGGAACUGAGGUCCACACAGUUAAAGGGACCAGCGUGCUGCAGCAGUACGUGGACAAACAGCAGCUGCUCAAAGAACUGGAUGGAGAUUUCAGCCAUAACCACUCAGACUGGCUCUCCUUCAGACUGAGUCUGGAAAGUUUGACGGAGCGAUGUGAGAGUGCACUGGAGCUACUGGGAGAAGCACUGCAGUCUAUGGAAACCCAACAAAUGCCAAAUAACAUUAAGGCUGUUCCUCUGAGCAUCGCACAGCACAAGGAGCUCAUGUCCAGCGUUCUGGCCGACCAGCGCCUCACAGAGCUGCAGAGGCGGGGCGGGGCUUGGCUCGCCGGGCUGACCAAUAGUGCGUCAGGAAUGGCACAAAAGUCACCAGACUGCAGACCUGCUCUGGCUGCUACCUCCAAACUAUACGACAGUGUGGAUGACGCCCUGCAUCGUCUGGUCCAAGUGUCUAAUCAGAGAGGCUGCAACCUGGACAAACUCGGGCGACUCGCUGGCCUCGUCGACAAACUGGAAAAAUGCGAUAAAGAGAUAGAGAGAGUUCAGUCACAGCUGGAGGAUUUCAGAGACCCUCCUUUGUCUCUGAGCAGAUUGUCCCUGAAGCAGCAGAAGUUCAAGACCUUCAGGGAGACUGCCAAUGAUCUGCACAGUGAGACUCUGGCUGUGCUCGCCGAACUGGAGACCUGGUCUGAACUGGACUGGGCUGGACUAAACCAGGUCCAGAUCAAACUGCCCCCGGUGCGAGAGAGACUGAGAGACAUGUCCCACUGUCUGUCCGACUGUUGGACCACUCUGGACAACACUCAGAGGCUGCUGUCCACGCUCACCGAGGCCACGCAAUGGUGCGACGCCGUGUCCUCCCCUUCCCCCACCUCCACCUGCCCUCUGGCCUCUCUGCCCCCCAUCCCCCCCUCGCGCUUCCAGGAUGCCCGCUCUCUGGCCAUGGAGCUGGGCGGCGGUCAGCUGCUAGACCUGUGGACCCAAACCGUGGAGCGAUACCAGCGGACCGUAGCCCAGGUCAAACCGCGAUUCCUCCAGUCUGACCGGAGCCACCACCAGAACCAAGGGAAGCCCAAGACGCCCUCGGCCAGCAGCGCGUGGGACCUGCUGGGGCCCGAGAGCGAGGGGGAGUGGGGAGGGGACGGAGGUCUGCAGUCCUGGGGGUCCCUGGCUUCGCUGUUCAGGCCGCAGACUUGUUCCACGCUGAAGAUCGGAGACGAGAAAGGGAACAGGAAAGAGACGGCUAAUGGGGGAGCAGGGGGAGGGAAGUUUCUGCAUAAUCUGCUCAAUCCAGCGAAGAAGAGCCCCACAGAGUCCCCUGUGCCUCAGAAGCCCGUUCGAAAGCGCCACCCGAGCUUCGACCUCCAGGCCCUGCUCGCCCCACGUCGCGGCGCCGCCUCCCCCAAACCCCUGGACUCCCCCGGGGCGCCACCCACCCGCCACUCCCCCAUGUCCUGGCUCGGGCGCCGGGCGCUGGCAGACCCGGUCAUAGCGACGGGCAUGGCUGCUGUGCCCGGGUGGAGCUGUGCGGGUGCGGGAGGGGGUGGGGGAGGGGGAGGAGGGGUACUGAUCCGGGGGGUGGAGGUGAGCAGUAAGGAGGUGGUGGAUCACACAGGGUCUCCACGGCAACACGUUCUGCUGAGUCGCGCUGAGAGGGAGAUGGGGGCUACAGAGAGAGGAGGGACCACGCCUCAGAGUAAGCUGUACCUGUUGUGGUGCCGCAUGCUGAGCUCCGAGCGUCAGUACGUGGCUGUGUUAAAGGGGGUGGAGGAGACAUACGUGCCGCUUCUGCACCUGUCAGAUGCUCCUAUCUCUAUCAGGGGCAAAGACGACAUCCUCUUCCCCUACUGGACCACCCUCUGCAACUUCCACUCGCAGUACCUCCUACCGGCCAUGGAAGGCGCCCUGGUGCAGAGUCUACUACAACAGGACUGCUUCAGCAAAUAUCGGGAGCAGUUCAUGGACUAUUCUCAGUACAUCAGAUCCAGACCAGACCUGGACUCACCACUGGUCACACAGGCGGCCGAUUUUUUCAAGUCCAAACUCCCUCUGGCCUCUCCUCUUUCUCCUCUGUCCUUCCCUCACUGCCUCCAGGCUCCAGUGCAGCGUCUGGAGCAGUACUGCGCCGCCCUAGAGGAGCUGGGAGGGAUAAACCCCGCCUCAGACUCCGCCCUCUCUGUCCUGAGACACGCCCAGCGCCAUGGAGAAGACCUGCGCGCCAGUGACCUGAUCGUGGGCUGCCUGAUGCCUGUAGCGGAGAGGGGGGAGCUGGUGCGUCACGGCGUUCUCACCGUGUGUGGAGGUCCUCGGAGAAAGUGGAGCGGUCUCAGAAACGUUUUCCUUUAUCAGCAUGUUCUGAUCUUCACCAAACUCAAGAGCCCCGCCCCCGGACGCUCGGCUUACAGCUACAAGCACAGCAUCAAGACUGGAGAGAUGGGUUUGACUCAGAGCGUUGGAGAAGAUGGUUUGAAGUUUGAGGUUUGGGUUCGUUCGGCUCCUCGCUCCAAAGACUGUGUCACUCUCCAGGCUCCAGACAGAGACGCUAAAGAGGCCUGGACGCACGACCUGGCCCACCUGCUCUGGACUCACGCCAUCAACAACACAGAGCUGUGUCUGAAGGAGUCUCUGUGUAUGGGAGUGUCCAGUAAACUUCUGCUGGACGCCUCAGGGACCCCGGCCAACGAACUGGACUCCAUCAGCACCCUCAGUGACAGAGUGCACAGUAGCUGCUCAGACUCCUCCUCUGUGGGCAGUCAGAAGGAGGGAGACACUGGCAGAGACCACAGGGGGCGCUCUGGGUCCACAGGGUACUCACAGUCUCCCUCCACAGCCGUAUAACUGUCAUCUCAAUAACUAAACUGGAUGAAGAUUUGACUCAUCUCAAAUGGCACUUACAGACUCUAAACCAGAGAUCUCGAGACUGCUCUUUGGGAAAUCUCUCCAAAUGACCAAAGACUGUUUUAUUUUUCCCUUAAAUCUCCAAAGAAAAGCUGCCUCCAAAAACACAAGUGAUCAGAUGCACUUGUUUAGCCUGUGUCAAAUGCCAGCGGGGCUCUCCUCCUCCUCCUCCUCCUCUUCUUCCUCUUUCUCCACUCCUUCCCUCCGCUGUCCGCCAUCUUGGAUCUGCCCUCUCAGUUGCCUGCAGAGUCACUGACACCAAAGGCACUUGAGGAGCACAGAGCGGCCAUUGUUUGCCCCGCAGAUCCCCCUCUAAGGCCAAACCACUUGCUCUGUGCGAACCAAUGAUGGAGCGGUGCCUUCUCUGGGCUGGCUCGCUUCACUGUACACACAACAUGACAGCAAACAGGAAGUCAAGAUAGGAAUAAUACGCUUGGCACAUUCACAAAUUAUGAAGAUAUAUAUAAACAUCAAUAGUCCCACCAAUAUUUAAGCCUGCGUAGAUUCUAAAAGUUGAUUUUACAUAAAUUUUUCCCAUAAAAAAUUCAGAUGUUUUGAGUUUAAAGGCAUGUCAGAGUAGAGUUGCACGAUAUGAGAAAAAUAUAUAUUUGAUAGGGAUGUAACAAUAACCAAAAUAUCGUGAUAUCAUCUUGUCAAAAGUCUCACAAUAAUAUCAUGCGGUGUUACAAUAUAUCGAAUCACAAUUUCCUUUGCUUAAAUGCAUGUUUUUUUUAGUAGCAACAGCUUGUAAACAUCGGGAACUACAUAUCCCAUGAUUCAUUUCAGUGCAGAAAACAUGAAGAGAUAUGUUUUUGACUUGAAUUCUUGGGAUUAUGAUGGAAAUAAUUCACAACAAAAUCUUGUCAAGGUAUUUUAAAAGCAAAAAAGUGUACAUUUAUAUUAGCCUCUCCAAAAUAUCGCAAUAAAUAUCAUACCAUGAGAUGCAUAUCGCGAUAAUAUCGUACUGAGAGAUUUGGAUAUCGUUACAUCCCUAGUAUUUGAUAAUGAUGUUUUGUAUGCCGAUAAUGAUAGAGAUGUAACAAUAACUGAAAUAUCGUGAUAUCGUGUCGUCAAAGUUCUCACAAUAAUAUCGUGCAUCAUCACAACACAUCAAAUCACAAGUCUCUUUACUUAAAUUAAGAGUUAUGGUGCAGCAAUAGCUAAAGAAAGACAGAGGGAACUACAUAGACCAUGAUUCAUUUCAGUGCAGAAAACAUGAAGAAAUAUGUUUUUGACUUGAAUUCUUGAAAUUAUGAUGUAAAUUAUUCACACCGAAGUCUUGUCAUGGUAUUUUAAAAGCAAAAAAGUCUACAUUUAUAUUAGCCUCUCCAAAAUAACACAGUAAAUAUCAUACUGUAAGAUGGAUGGAUAUUGUUACAUCUCUAAUCGUGAGCCUCCCCAUGAUAUCACAAUAAAUAUCGUAUCGUGAGGUUCAUACCGUGACAAUAU